AUAUAUACACACACAAACAUAUUCAUCCAUACAGCCAUUCCAAACCCACCAAAUUAACACAAUACCUCAAUCUCUCUCUCUCUCUCUCUCUCUCUCUACCAAUUACCAUGCAAGAAGCUCUACCUUACAAGACAUGGCUGCCGGCGCCCCAGCAGCCGUUCCUCAGCCUGCCGCCCAUGGACUACAGAUCGGUGAUGGCGCCGAGGGCGGGCUCAGACAUAAAGAGCGCGGUGUCGGAGAACGCCGUGAUAGUCGUCAGCCGGCGCGGAUGCUGCAUGAGCCACGUGGUGAAGCGGCUGCUUCAGGGGCUCGGAGCCAACCCCGCCGUCUACGACGUGGAGGAGCACGAAGAGGACGGCGUGGUGAAGGACCUGGAGGGGAUCGCCGGCCCCGGGGAGGGAUUUGACCGGCGGUUGCAGUUCCCGGCGGUGUUCAUCGGAGGACGGUUGUUCGGCGGGUUGGAUCGGAUUAUGGCGACCCAUAUCACCGGCGAGUUGGUUCCGGUGUUGAAGCAAGCUGGGGCUCUGUGGCUUUGAUUUUGUUGGUAUUUUGGCUUUCCGAUCACAGUGUCUCUCUCUCUCUCUCUCGGCUUUGAAGUUUGUUGGGGGGAAUGAGUUUGACUUUUUGUCUCCUGUUUGGUGUAAAAGAAAAUUAACAAGGAUUCCUCCUCCUUCCCCUUCUCCUUCUCCUCCUCCUCCUCCUCGAGGCUUGGCUUAGUAUUGUUUUUCCAAUUUUGAAUAAAAUUUUGGGAUGUGCAGAUGA